AGGAUCUCUAAGCUUUCAGGACCAGCUCAAAACUACCUAAAUAUGGUGGUGUCCAUAGCCUAGCCCCCUCUUUGACAGGGGCCAUAUGCUAGACGGGCCGUACAUCGACAGGUACCGACAGCCAGACAAGCCAGAAUACCCGUAUGAAAGAGCAACCAAGCCUCUGAAUGCUACCCAGGUCUGACAGUCAGGCGAGGGUUAUGAACAGCCAUGACGGCAUCAACCUGUUCAAAAUUGCUGACAGGCUAUGAGAUAGGCGGGUCCAUCCUAAUAAUCUCUGGCACCAUAUUGCGGCAUGCUCAGCUUCUCCGAGCUCGAGAAGUGGCGUAGUUGCUCCCGACUGGAGCUUAUAAGCAAGCAUCAUGUAUCUGUCAGGAGUGGAUGCUGGCUGUUUCCAGUCCAGGAUUCCAUUGUCUGGCAUAGACAUACUUCCCCGUCUUUGAACCUCUUAUAUUAUCAUGUCUUUUACACAUAAUAGAGUUUUCGUCACUGGAGCCACUGGCUUCCUUGGCAAGGUGCUUCUUGAGGAACUCUUUCGUCUUAAAGCCGAGCUUUCCAUCCACGAAGUCGUUCUUCUCAUCCGGCCGAGCAAAACCUUGAAUGCUUCUGAACGGUUUGCGGAGAUUGCAAAGAGCCCGUGCUUUGACAAUCUAUAUCAAGGAUGGACUGAUUCCGUCCAGGUCUUGGAAGGUGACCUCAGUCUACCUCGCUGCGGCCUGGAAGACGCCAUCUAUACCAGCCUGUGUGAAACGACUACCCACAUCAUACACACAGCCGCUUGCAUCAAAUUCGACAGCUCUGUCGAUGAGGCCUUGUCGGCCAACGUGGAUAGCUCGCUCCAUAUCCUCCGGCUCGCCAAAGACUGUCCAGAUCUCUGCCAGCUUGUUAUCACCAGCUCGGCAUAUGUCUCACCGCCUCAAGCUGGCCCUAUUUACGAAAGCCUCGUGGCACUUCCUCGGCCAGCAUGGAGCCUGCUAGAGGACCUUAGGAGCGGCGCCCUCGGAAAGUUGGAGGCGAUCGAGCUCACAGGCCACCCAAACAUAUAUAGCCUUUCCAAAUGUUUGGCGGAACACAUUAUAUGUGAGACAAAGGGUUGCCUUCCCCUCUCCAUCGUGCGACCCAGCAUCAUUUGUGCAGCACUCGAAUACCCAAGUCCGGGUUGGAUCGAUAGCCAUGCCGCUUUCGCCGGAAUAGCCCUGGGGUUUGCGAAUGACAUCCUCAAGGUUGUGAAUGGGCGUCACGAUGCGAAGCUGGAUAUCGUGCCGGUCGACAAGGUUGCGGCCUGCCUGAUCGAUGAGGCGUUCCCGAUGGAAGAGCGCGAAUAUGAACCGCCACAGCCUCGCAUCGUCUUUUCCGUUGCGACCACGACGCAAUCCCUCACUCUUGGCGAGGCCUGCCAGAUGCUGGAAGCAUUCUUCAAGAAAGGGGGUUUCCGGUACAUCGGCCCGAUGGGUGGCUACACCUUUGACAUACAACAUUUUCUUCACCACUACCUUCGGCUGCAACUUGCUGCUGCCGCCAGUCGCCUCUCUGGCAACAGGGUCAAGGAGGCUGCUGCGAUAAAGGCUUUGAGGCUACUGAAGGGCAUGAAUAACGUCUUUGGGCCCUAUGCCAGUAACACGCAUGACUUCCGGCCUCACCAGUCGAAGAUUAGAUUUGAUGCCAAGGACUACCUGCAGCUCGUGUGCGAAGGAGUUUCUCAAAACCUUCUGCACUCGAAACUUUGAGAAUUUAUCGGGCUAGUGCACGAUAUUUGUUAGCAGUAUGAUGUACCGAUAUGAAAAUUCACUGGGUCGCCGAUAGGAAGGAUUCAGCUUCGAGCCGGAAUCGUUGCGGUCAGCUCAAGUGCGAAGCUCACAGCCUAUAUGCUUGUUCUUCUGUUGUUGUUAUCAUUUCCACUUUUCCCCUUCAGUCAUUAAUUUCAUUUUUUUUUCUCUUCUUUCUAUUCUUUAUUUCGAACAAAACAUAAAAGUGAGAAAGAUAUUCAGUAAGUAGGGACACGAGCCAUUCCAAAGGCCCUAUACAUACGCUGCAUAAACUAUUUAGUUCUGGGUUCUAUUCUAGAUUUUCGUACUAUGGUAGAUCUGUCAAGCCCCUUGUCCUCUUCUUUCAACACUCUUGGCCUUGCUCUCACACAAAGACUUGCGGCAAUAUAGCUACGGAUGACUCAAAAUCGGGAUCACUCGGACUCGGGCGGUCGGGAAAGAGA